UCUUAAAAUGUUUAUAUGACAAAGUCUGAGAGGUCUUGGAAACAAGUCAUGUCUGUCCCCGGUUCCGCGGUGUCUGGGACCACUCCGUCGGUUCUGCAGCCGCGAUGGAAGCGGGUCCUCGGAUGGUCCGGUCCGGUCCCUCGGCCCCGGCACGGACACAGAGCUGUGGCUAUAAAGGAGUUGAUGGUUGUUUUUGGAGGUGGAAACGAAGGAAUUGUUGAUGAGUUACAUGUAUACAACACAGCUACAAACCAGUGGUUUAUCCCAGCCGUCCGUGGUGAUAUCCCUCCGGGUUGUGCUGCCUAUGGUUUUGUAUGUGAUGGAACACGGUUGCUGGUGUUUGGUGGGAUGGUGGAAUAUGGAAAAUACAGCAACGAUCUCUAUGAACUACAGGCCAGCAGAUGGGAAUGGAAAAAACUAAAAGCCAAAAAUCCGAAAAACGGUCCCCCGCCUUGUCCUCGACUUGGUCAUAGCUUUUCACUUGUUGGUAACAAAUGCUACUUGUUCGGUGGUUUGGCCAAUGAUAGCGAAGAUCCUAAAAACAACAUUCCCAGAUACCUAAAUGAUCUGUACACACUCGAGCUUCGUCCAGGUUCUAGUGUGGUUGGGUGGGAUAUUCCCAUCACAUAUGGAGUUCUGCCUCCUCCUCGUGAGAGUCACACCGCUGUGGUGUACACAGAAAAGACGACCAGGAAGUCUCGCUUGAUCAUCUAUGGAGGAAUGAGCGGUUGUCGUCUUGGGGAUCUGUGGACGCUUGAUAUUGAUACUCUAACGUGGAACAAACCUUCAGUCGGUGGUACAGCACCUCUUCCACGAAGUCUUCACUCUGCUACCACAAUCACAAACAAGAUGUAUGUUUUUGGCGGAUGGGUUCCUUUGGUAAUGGAUGAUGUCAAAGUGGCCACACACGAGAAAGAGUGGAAAUGCACAAAUACUCUCGCUUGCCUAAAUCUCGACUCUAUGUGUUGGGAAACGGUGUUGAUGGAUACUCUUGAAGAUAACAUCCCAAGGGCCCGUGCUGGUCACUGCGCUGUGGCCAUCAAUUCCAGGCUCUAUGUUUGGAGCGGCCGUGAUGGGUAUCGUAAAGCAUGGAACAACCAAGUCUGUUGUAAAGACCUUUGGUACCUGGAAACAGAGCGACCCCAUGCUCCUGCCAGGGUCCAGUUAGUCCGUGCCAACACAAACUCUCUGGAAGUUAGCUGGGGUGCAGUUUCCACAGCCGACACGUACUUGCUGCAGCUGCAAAAGUAUGACAUCCCUGCAACCCCAGCAGCUGCCUCACCUGCUACAUGUGCAACCCCUUCACAACCUGUCAACUCUCCAAAGAGCCCUGCACCAGCUGCUGCAGCACCCUCCGCCCAGAGUUUACCACAGACAGCUAUUUUAAAAGUUGCAGCUCAACAGUCUGCCACUGGUGCAUCUGUUGUCACAGUUCGCCCGAGCCAGCCUGGGAAAUCCCCCGUCACCGUGACAUCCCUUCCUCCGGGUGUUCGGAUGGUAGUUCCUACCCAAACCACCCAAGGAUCGCCUAUUGGAAGUAGCCCUCAGAUGAGUGGCAUGGCAGCUUUAGCUGCUGCAGCUGCAGCCACGCAGAAGAUCCCGCCCUCUUCUGGUGGCACCGUUCUCAGUGUUCCUGCAGGUGCCACCAUUCUCAAAACAGUUGCGGUUUCCCCUGGAACCACCACAGUGAAAAUGGCUUCUCCUGUAAUGGUGAGUAACCCAGCCACCCGUAUGCUAAAAACGGCUGCAGCCCAGGUGGGCACUGGAACUGCAUCAUCUCCCACUACUACCAGACCAAUCAUCACUGUGCACAAGUCUGGGGCUGUCACAGUGGCUCAACAGGCCCAGGUGGUUACCACUGUGGUGGGAGGAGUCACAAAGACCAUCACCCUGGUCAAGAGUCCCCUCACCAUGGGCAGCAGUGGUACAUUGAUCUCCAACCUUGGCAAGAUGAUGUCUGUGGUACAAACCAAGCCAGUGCAGACAUCAGCUGUCACAGGCCAGGCUUCCACUAACCCUCUCACACAGAUCUUACAGACAAAGGGUCCCCUCCCAGCAGGCACCAUCCUUAAACUGGUAACUUCUGCAGAUGGCAAGCCUACAACAAUCAUCACAACGUCCCAGGCAGGAGGCACAGGAAACAAGCCUACGAUCCUCAACAUAAGUGGCGUCUCACCUACUACUACUAAGCAGGGGACCACCAUCAUUAAGACAAUUCCCAUGUCGGCCAUCAUGACCCAGCCUGGAGCUACAGGCGUUACAAGCAGCGCAGGUAUGAAAACACCAAUAACAAUCCUUACCACCAAGGUAAUGACCACUGGAACUCCUGGUAAAAUUAUCACUGCUGUGCCCAAACUGACCACUGCAGCCGGGCAACAGGGACUGACACAGGUGGUAUUAAAGGGGGCUCCAGGACAGCCUGGUACUAUUUUGCGCACUGUGCCCAUGAGCACAGUAGGCGGUGUUCGUCUUGUUACUCCAGUGACGGUCUCUUCUGUUAAGCCCACUGUUACCACUCUGGUUGUCAAGGGGACUACUGGAGUUACUACUCUUGGCACGGUCACCGGGACGGUGUCCACAAGCCUGGGAGGAGCCACAGCUGACAGUUCCAGUGCCUCAUUGGUGACACCAAUCACCACACUGGCAAACAUUGCCACCAUGUCCAGCCAGGUGAUCAACCCAACAGCCAUAACAGUGUCGGCUGCUCAGACUAGUCUGGCUUCUACUUCUACACUGCCUUCCUCUACAAUGACAGCACAGAACCAGCCCACCCAGGUUACUCUGAUCACAACCCCCAGUGGUGUUGAAGCCCAGCCAGUGCAAGAUCUACCUGUAUCCAUUCUGGCUUCUCCAACCUCUGAACAGCCCAGCUCCACUGAGGCUGGAGCAACUGGAGAUGGCUCUGGAACUGUCACCUUGGUCUGCUCUAACCCACCCUGCGAGACCCACGAGACCGGAACCACCAACACAGCGACCACCUCCUCUGCUACAAUUGGAGCAGGACAGGUCUGCUCCAACCCACCCUGUGAGACCCACGAGACAGGAACCACCAACACUGCCACAACAGCAUCUUCAAACAUGUCUGCGUUACGCGUGUGCUCCAACCCCCCCUGUGAGACCCAUGAAACGGGGACCACAAACACAGCUACUACAGCUUCAUCCAACAUGGGAAGAACCCAGCAGGUGUGCUCCAACCCCCCCUGUGAGACCCAUGAAACGGGGACCACAAACACAGCUACUACAGCUUCAUCCAACAUGGGAAGAACCCAGCAGGUGUGCUCCAACCCCCCCUGUGAGACCCAUGAAACGGGGACCACAAACACAGCUACUACAGCUUCAUCCAACAUGGGAAGAACCCAGCAGGUGUGCUCCAACCCCCCCUGUGAGACCCAUGAAACGGGGACCACAAACACAGCUACUACAGCUUCAUCCAACAUGGGAAGAACCCAGCAGGUGUGCUCCAACCCCCCCUGUGAGACCCAUGAAACGGGGACCACAAACCCAGCUACUACAGCUUCAUCCAACAUGGGAGGAACCCAGCAGGUGUGUUCAAACCCCCCCUGUGAGACCCAUGUGACGGGCACCACCAACACGGCGACACAAGCUUCAUCCAGCAUGAACGCAGGGGAGACGGGCACUGUGCAGAGCGCAGACUCAAAUCCACCCUGCGAAACGGGGACGACCAACACUCCAUCCACAGCGACCUCCAGCAUGGGAGAGGACCAGACCAGCACAACCACAAGCCAAGUCCACAGGAUUUGCUCCAACCCACCAUAUGAAACGCAUGAGACUGGGACCACCAACACUGCCACCACUGCUACCUGCAACAUGGAGACAGGCGAAGGCACAGCUACCCAGCAGACAGAGGAAGGAGCAGAAGGAACAAGCACCACAGAGGAAGCUGCUACCACUGCAGCUACUAGUGUAGCUACCACCACCCAAGGCAGAGCCAUCACCACUGUCACUCAGUCCACACCUGCCCCUGGGCCCUCAGUCCCUUCAAUUUCAUCAAUAACAGAAGGAGCAAGUACUGCAGCCAGCACCACAGAGGAGCCGAUGCAGACUGAAGAACCUGCAUCAGCAGAAGCUGCACCUGCCGAGGAGCCUGCUGCCGCUAUGGAGACACAAGCAGAGGGAGAAGCAGCAGCUGCGACAGCCUUGAACCUGCCCUCAGAGCUGAUGUCCGAGGGCCAGGGGACCACACUGAUGGUGACGGGGCUGUCGGACGAAGAAUUGGCUGUAACUGCUGCAGCUGAGGCUGCUGCUCAGGCUGCAGCCACAGAAGAAGCCCAGGCCCUUGCCAUCCAGGCUGUUCUCCAGGCAGCUCAACAAGCCGUAAUGAAUGAAGGUGAUACUUCUGGAGAAAGCCAGCAGCCCACCAACAUCCCCAUCAUGCUGACCCAGCAGGAGCUAGCAGCAUUGGUCCAGCAGCAGCAGCAGCUGCAGGAAGCUCAUGCUGCAGCACAGCAGGCCUCUGUGGACACCAGCAUGCCCACUGAGGGCCUCGCACCUGCCGACAGCCUCAAUGACCCGUCUGUUGAAAGUAAUGGACACAAUGAAAUGGCUGCCUCGGUCACUAGCGCUGUGGCAACCCUUCUACCACGCACCACUGCUGAGACACUGGCUCCAUCAAGUACGUUCGCGCCGUCUAUAUCAGUAGCAAGUCCAGCCAAGCUGCAGGCUGCAGCCACGCUCGCAGAGGUGGCCAAUGGCAUUGAGGGAGAGAAACAAGCCCCUCAGCCAACUCCAGUGAAGCCUGUUGUUAAAAAGGAGAAUCAGUGGUUUGAUGUUGGAAUUGUAAAAGUGACAAAUAUGGUUGUCACUCACUUCUAUGUGCCAGCAGAUGAUUCUCAUGGAGAUGAUGAUUCUGGCGCUGUACCGGACUACAAUCAGAUGAAGAAAAUGGAGCUGCAGCCUGGCACGGCGUACAAGUUCCGUGUAGCUGGAAUCAACGCUUGUGGUCGUGGAACAUUUUCUGAGAUAUCUGCUUUCAAGACCUGCCUACCUGGGUUCCCAGGGGCCCCAUGUGCCAUCAAAAUUAGCAAGAGUCCAGAUGGUGCCCACCUGACCUGGGAGCCGCCUUCAGUGACGUCAGGGAAAAUCAUUGAGUACUCUGUGUACCUGGCCAUCCAGAGCAGCCAGACAGCUGAGGCCAAGGCCUCCACCCCGGCCCAGCUAGCCUUCAUGCGAGUGUACUGUGGACCCAACCCCUCUUGCUUGGUGCAGUCGUCUAGCCUCUCGAAUGCUCACAUUGACUACACAACUAAACCGGCUAUCAUCUUCCGCAUCGCUGCCCGCAAUGAGAAGGGCUACGGUCCUGCUACUCAAGUUCGAUGGCUACAGGAAUCUGGUAAAGAUGCCAGUUCUGCGAAACCUGCCCCAAAAAGACCGGGCACCUCUCCCGAUACCAAGACUACUGGUCCAAAGAAAGCAAGGACGGACCAGUGAGGUUGCCCAGAGUCCCCUCCCAGUCUUUUGUCCCCUUUUUUGUUUUUUUCCCACUGCCCUUUUUAUCAGGAAGACUGACCCUCACUCAUCCUCAUCAUGUCCUCCUCCACCCCCACGUCUCAGAUCAAGACGGCGACGGUGGCAGAAGCCAGGACGAAAGUCAAUCUGAGACACAUUUCUGUAGAUAAACCCCUCCUAUUUGUUCUGUUGGUCGUAAUAUUUUAGAGCAACUCAAACCUAGAAGCACAUUCUCUCUUUUCAGUCACGUCCCCUUCCUUCAUUUUAACAUCUAUUUUUGGCUUUUUUCAAGUAGUUAAACAUUAUACAAGAAUUUACACCUUUCACAAACUGGGAGCCAGCCUGAACGCUUUGUUACCUGUCGAUUUUUCUGUGUUUUGUGAAUUCUGGAGGGAUGUAGAAAGAGACUACAUAAAAUGUUGUACAGUGUUGGAAAAAUGGCUGUGGAGGCAUUAGUUUAGACGAAAGGAAAAAUCGGUAUGGAAACGAAUAAAGCACUUGUCCUCCACAAUCGAGGACAUCCUUUCUUUUUCUUUUUUUUUUUGCUCCAUACAAUUUACUUCAUAGAGAACCAAGUCUGUACAGUCAUCGUACUGGACUCCAGUCUCCUGGUAAUAUCAUCACUGUGCGAUUUUUAACCCAAGACGAGGAGUGGCAGCCGACACGUUGGAACGGAGGAAGGAUUUGGAAAAAAAAAACUGCAAACGAAGAGAUUUGCAGAGAAAGAAUGGCGGACUUUGCUAGGAUAAAGACUUGGCAGCACCCACAUUGAAAGAAAAACUUCCAAAAACCUUCCCAAAAAAUUAGCAAUGACGCAGAAAAUCUCCUGUGUAGUUUAUUUUUGUAUUUUUAAGCUUCUUUUUCCUCCUGUGUGUAUGUGUUCAUUUUAAAAGAAAACAUCACUUUUUUUAACUGUUCAUCCCUGUAGUUUGUGUUCGUGGGGAGAUGGGUGGCUCUGUUCAGGUUGCCACUAUAUUUUUAAAAACCUUCAUUCAGUUGGUUGUAUGUUCCUGUUGUUGACAGACGACGGUGAAAGACGAGACUUUUGCAUUUGUUCCAAGUAGAACCGGAGAGGUUUUAGGACUGAAGGGAACUUUGAAAUGGACCCAGGGAGAGGGGUUUUGUUUUUUUUUUUUACUUUGUUUACUUCUUAAUGCUUGUGUUGCUUUGUUUGCCAAACACAAAUUUCCCCGGGUUUGAAGGAAAAAUCGGCAUCAGAUUUUUUCCCCUUUACCCGGUUGGUUGUCCUCUGCUUCUUUUGCUCAUGAAUCUUUAAUUUGUAGAGAGGCUGAAUAUAUUAGUAGACCCCCGAACUCCACCUUAUUGUCUGUGAAUCAACUGAAUAAAUUUUAAUUUGUUUUUCUCCUCUAAGGCUCUGUAUUUCAGACCACAGAUGGUGUGCAAAGCUACCUGUGACAUGUUUGUCUUUGAAUGGGAAUGUCUGGGAAGACCGCUAACAGCCGGAGUGUACUCACUUGUAAAUUAGUUCAUUCAUAGAGCAAGAAUAAAACAAACACACAAAAAAACUGAAAACAAACAUCUUGGCCUUUUAUAUAAUUACCUGUAACUAACUGUUUUUACAUGUUGGUCAUCUCUUGAUCGCCUUUUGUGUCUUUACUUAUAAAAGAAACAAAUAUAUAUAUAAAUAUAUAUAUAUAGUCUCCCUGAUUGUUCUGAUUGAUUUGCUUCUGUCGAGCUGAUUCACUGAAGGAGUGUGAAACCCUGCUUGGUUCAUCAGUCCACACAUGUACAAGGAGGAGAUGUCUGACUGGGCAUGAGUGGAGAUCUUCUAUGUAAGGCCAGAUUUAGUUGUGAUGGUAAAAAAAAAAACAAUAUUUUAAUUAAAAGGCUCGAACGUUUGAGCCGAGGCCUCCGCUUGCUGCCUGGACUUCAGGUUGGGAUUUCUCCUGAAUUCUCUCUAGAAACGAACUUUCUCUUCAUAUGCAUUCAUAAUUUUGUGCGUGUCGGUGUGUCUGUUGAACAAAACUAGACAUGCAUGCAAAAGCAGUGUAUUUUAGUAGUGAUGCCUUAAGUUAGACCAUAAGCUGAAGGUUCUCAAAAAAAGAAAAAAAAAUUUAAUGAGUUUGUUCCUCUCUCCAUGUGGUAUACAAUUGUGUCCUUUCCUUCCACAGUACCUUUGCCGGGUCACUAUUUUUGCACCCUUGUUAGAUAGGUCAUCAGCAGUGCCGAAGUCUCUGAACUUUCCUUUCCACGCUGGGACGAGUGCCCCUCUCAGCACUCACAGGUGUUGCGAGUUUCUCUCGGCUGUUCGCAGGUUAUCUGGAAAUGUCCUGUAUUUUCCAAUGUGUGUUUUUUGUACUGUAGGGAGUAAUGUAUCUUUUAUCAUCAAAAAUAAACAUGUUAAACAGA